ACAGUGGGCAAAAACUCUUUAUAUUUUCUACUGCGGAGCCAUGGUCAGAGAGAGCUUGCGGGGCUAGGAUUUAGCUGCUGAGAAAUCUCAGCCAUGGAUUCGACCUUGAACGACGAAUCCGUCGUUCUGGAGCUGAUAGACUGUGAGUCUUCGAUGAUCCUCGGAGGUGGAGAUCGAGGAGAGGAGAUCGCGCAAGAGAAUGCAAAAGAGAAAGAGAGAGAGGAGAUCUUCAUUUCAACAGAAGAAAUUGGGAGUUGGAAUCUUCCUCUCAUUCUCAGCUCUCGAAUCGUCAGAAUUCAAGCCAAUCGAGAUAGGCUUAUCCACCAGUCUUCGUAUUUCAGUGGCCUACUUGGUGGAAGUUUCAGUGAAUCAAGCCGCAACCAUGUGUCUAUCCUGUGGAACUGUGAAGCGGUUAUCAAGGUUCUGCAGUUUAUUUUUGGCUGUCCAUUGGAUGUUGCAGCUGAUAAUUUCCUUCCUAUAUUUGAGGGGGCUUUGUUUUUUGGGGUGGAGACUCUCUUAUUGGAGUGUGAGGAUUGGUUCCAUCGCAGCAUCUCUGCAAGAGGGACCUGUUCCGUCCAAUUGUCAUUAGAAGCUCUAAUUGAUAUCUGGAACUUUGGUUCAAAGCAUGCAAUUGGCUUUAUUCCAGAAGUAUGCACGAGCUAUCUUGCACGGAACUUUAUGUGGGCUGUGUCUUGUAGCUCCUUCGCCGAGGUUCCGUAUGAUUUCUUGUCUUCUUGCAUGGAACACCCUCAUUUGACUGUAGAUAGUGAGAAGCAACUCUGUGAAGCUCUUCUUGUUUGGCUCGCCAAUGAUCACAAUUCUAGGCAAUGUUCUUCAACCAAUUUCAAGGAUUGCUGCCCCGACAUUCUCAAAAAGUGUACCAGGAAAUGGACGGUUGAAAGCAAGUCAAUCAAGUUACCAAUGGUCCGCAAUCCACAUUCAACCUGCAUGUGUGGCCCACCUGAUGAUUGGACUGCUCUAAUUCUUGGGCACGACACUUACAUGUUGGGACCUACCAUGGAUGGCUUGGAUCUUGCACACAAAUGUCAUUGGCAUUCAUGGUGGCGUUGGCCUGUUUGUUUCACCAAUUACCACAGUAAUGUCCGAAGUUGCCUCUUGCCUUUGGACUUUAUUGCAGAGAAAAGAGGGAAUCCUUUCUUCUCAAAGCUUGCAAAUGAGACUGUUAGUGCCUUUUUCGAUCCAAGAAAAGAUGCUUCCAUUAGCCUACCGCAUGAUUUAAUAGAUGAUGGAUAUGAUAAUUUUCAAAUCCGCUUGACUGAAUAUACUAAGAGAAUAGAUCUUUCAGGUUGCACCCAGAUCACGAUGGCUUUUCUCCUCCUAUCCACGCUUCCUUCUUCGCGUAACACGGACACUUCAUUGAGAAAGAGAAUGCAACAAUUUUUUAUUGAGACCGAUUGUCUCAAUAGAAAUCGAUUUCGAAUCACACAGGAGUCUCUAGCCACAUUGUCUUUUGAAGCAAUAUGUGAGGUGGAUAUUUCCAGGUGUCCUAGGUUACAUCUUGAUGAUUUCAUCAAAUGCUUAUACAUGUUAUUCCCAUCAUUGAGAAUAUUGAAAGCAUCCCACUGCUUGCACUUCAAGAUGUCAACUUUAUGUAACUUAAUGCAGAAAUUUCCUCUGGUUAAUGAAGUCGAUUUGACUGUCGAUAUCAGUCCUGUGAUACCCAUGCAAGUAACGAUCACGUCUUCUGGUACUGAAGGAUGUCCAGAUUAUAAUGGACGAUAUAUUACGUUGAACGAAAAACCUUUAUUGACAAAUAUUGCAAAACUCACAUUGGAAGGCCGAACUGACAUUAAUGAUUCGGACCUGCAAACUAUCUCAGCACUAUCAAGUUCCUUAUCUCACCUGAACCUUAAGGGGUGUACUUUGGUAACCGAUAUGGGUAUGUCCAAACUCAUAUGCAUGUGCAUGAAUCUCUGCUCCCUAGUUGUUUCUGAUACUUGCUUCGGGAGGAAUUCAGUUAUAGGCCUUUGUUCCGAAAUUACUUUUCCCAAUGGCUUUCCUGGACGGCAUCAAGAAAAGCAUUCGUCUACAUUGGCCUUUAGACUUCAAAAACUUCAUAUAAGUGGCUGCAAGAAUGUUGACCAAACUUCACUGUUACAUCUUAUGAGUCAUGUGUAUAUGCUGAAGAGCCUGAGCUUGAAGAAGACUUCCCUUGUCGAUGAUGCUCUCUUUGUUUUCCCAUGUUCUUCUCUGGAGAACCUUGAUGUUUCUGAAACAAUGGUUUCUGGAACUGCUUUAGCACACAUAAUCAGAAGAAACCCCGGGCUGAAGUUUCUGAAUGCAAGAGGUUGUAGGAAUUUGCAUUGCUGUGAAAAUGAACUCAACAGGGAUACAUUUCCACACGAAGUUUUGCCAUUCUCUGGCAGAUGUGAAGGGGAAGAACUGUAUCAUGAGUUAAGUAGGACAUGCAUUUUGAAAGAAAUCGAAUUUGGAUGGGGAUUUUCUCCACUCUCACUGGAAGUCUUGAGACCCGCAAUUAGGACAUUGAAGUCCAUUACAGUGGGUCUUGGUGCAUCAUUAGGUGAAAGUGCACUCGCUAUGCUACCUGAGAUUUGUCCUUUGUUAGAGAUGGUGGUUCUUAAUUUUCAGGUGAUAUCUGAUAGUGCCAUGAGAAGCAUUAUGGGAUCCUUGGUACAUCUGCAAGUGUUGAGCCUAUGCUGCUGCCUUGGUGACUUGACUUCACUAAGCUUCCAGUUCAGUAUGCCAAAGUUAAGGACAUUGAGGCUAGAAAGGGUGACUCCAUGGAUGAGAAAUGCUGAUUUGGCUAUUUUGACACAGAAAUGUUCAAGUUUACAUGAGCUUUCUCUGUCAGGAUGCAAGCUUCUCGAUUCAGAUUCCCAGCGAAUCAUUUCAUCUGGAUGGCCAGGUUUGAGAUCUAUCCAUUUGGAGGAUUGUGGAAAAUUAACAUCCAAUGGGGUUUCUACUCUUUUCGAUUGCAAAGCAGUUGAAGAUCUCUUGCUGCGUCACAAUGGCCCAGGAAUCCCAAGGAACUUCAUUGCAGAUGCUGCUUCAGAGUGGCCGCUGCUCCGGACCGUUGCAUUAGAUUUGUGUGAUGCAAAAGAAGGCGGCUUUGACAGCCUAAGUUGGGAAAACAGGCUCCUCUUGAGCACAGUGAAAAUCGCCCGCUGCAAGUCCCCGAAGUGUUCAUUUAAGCUCAGAAGAGGCGAGGAGGCUUGGAAACGGGCAGUACACAAGGAAACCAUAGUUUUGGAGUGGAACAGCAAGGAGCUGAGGACUACAAUAGUGAAGGAAAGAGUGUAGUGUUGCAUCUCAAAUUGCAUUGAUCUUGGUUGGGCCACUUUAUAGGUGAACACCAUGAGAUCUGAUUAAACAGUGUGAAGAAUAGAUGAGGAAGGUUUGUUUUUAGCCACAGCCGUGUGUUUGCAAGCAGCACAUAUACCAACCUGUUAAGUGCAUCGGAUAUCUCGCAUUGCAUGAGAUAGGUCCCACUGAAGAUUACUGAUGGUGCAAUCAGGUUGGUCUGAUAAUCAGGUGGCCCACCCCUGUCCAAUACAUUAGUUGGUUCAAAACUGAUCUGCCGGUGUCUCCAUGUACAUAUGAUGAGCAGAACGACCUGAUAUUUUCACCAUACGUGGACAGUGAAGUCCACAUUAGCAAUAGCGCAGAUGUUGGACAUGUGCCAAGUCGGCAAAUGUGUUCUAGGUAAAGGUGCAUUGGACCAGCAAACGUAUAGAGGUAUGAGAUGAGCAGUGCUAAGGCCAACCAUUUCUAUUCUUGCCAUUCUGUAAAACGCCUAUGAGUCUAAAGAACUGUCAAAACAGUUUUUUUUCUGAAUCAGUAUAAUGUUGAGAUUUUAUUUUAUUUUUUUCCUUUUUUGUUAAUACUAUAGUUUGAUGAAAUUUUGACUGUUACAUGUGA